UCCACACUCUACUACCCGUAUCCCAAAUCCCAAUCCCCCGUGACCGCUGCUCCAUUCUUGGAAGCCCCGGAGGGAGAGCGGAGACGCCCGGCGCCCACGCGCUUGGCCUCGAGAAGGAAACUGGAAGCUCAGUUCUACUUGAAAGUUCAGGUAUUGCCAGCUCCAUUUCAAAAGAAAGAAGGUUCAGGUCCCAGACACCCAAACAAAGAUGGCAACUUCGACAUCUCCAGUUCUCUGCAACUUCAUGGCCAUCGCACAGAACAACACGCUUGUGCUGAACAAGAGCACAAAGCGGUCCCUGCUGCAGCUGAGCUUCCCGAGGGGCACGCCGACACUGCCGGACUUGAGAGCGAGGCAGGACGUCCGCGUCGCCGCCGUCUACAAGGUGAAGCUCAUCGGGCCGGAGGGGAAGGAGAGCGUGGUCAAGGUGCCGGAGGACAGCUACAUCCUGGACGCGGCCGAGGAGGCCGGGCUCGACCUGCCCUACUCCUGCCGCGCCGGCGCCUGCUCCUCGUGCGCCGGCAAGGUCCUGCAGGGCUCCGUCGACCAGUCGGACCAGUCGUACCUCGACGACGAGCAGGUCGGCGCCGGGUACCUGCUCACCUGCGUCGCGUACCCGACCUCCGACUGCGUCAUCCAGACGCACCGGGAGGCGGACCUGUACUAGCUAGUAGUAGCCCUGUGCCACUCCCGCAGCUCCAUUCAGACUCGAGCUUGAGUUCUCUUGACAUUGCGAUUUCGCAUCGAUCUGUACUUGUCGCUGGAUCUUAGCUACUAGACUCCUUAAUCGUCAUCCUCCAUCCACGUAAUUUUGGCA